UGUCGUGCCCCUGGCCAUUCUGCUCCUUGAACACCUCUGGCAAACAAAGAACAUCUCUCCUUCGUCCAUUUCGAACAGUCGUCACCCUUUGCGCAUCGGCGUCCCCCUUCCUUUGGAAAUCGUCACUCGUUCAUCUAUACCCGCAAGAUCCCAUCGCAAUCCUCUCGCUAGAGCCCCCACAUCGAAUAAGCCCACGGACUCCGGCCACCUGUUUCCAGACUCAAGCCUCGAACUCCUUCCUCGGUUGUAUCGAGUGAACGGGAUACACCUGGGCGCACCCACGUUGCCUUCUGAUUAAAAUAUUCUCGCAACUCCUUUGGCGAGCCGAUCGGGUCUAUUGUCCUCGCAAAAGCGACGACGGGGCACACUACUGGGCCCCUCCUACACCUCCGCGCUCAUGAUUAACAUGCUGGAAGAUAAAUACAUUGGCCUAGCGCUGGCUAUAACCUCGACGGUAGCUAUCGGUACUAGCUUUGUCAUUACUAAAAAGGGUCUCAAUGAUGCUGCCGACAAGCAUGGCUUCGAAGGAGAGGGAUUCGCAUAUCUGAAAACACCUCUGUGGUGGGCGGGAAUAGCGUCUCUGGUGGUGGGAGAAGUCGCCAACUUUGCAGCUUAUGCCUUUGCGCCUGCGAUUCUGGUCACGCCGCUGGGAGCGCUCAGUGUGCUCAUAGGAGCUGUCUUGGGAGCAUAUUUCUUGAACGAAGAGCUGGGCGUUUUGGGCAAACUGGGGUGCGCAAUAUGUCUACUUGGAUCAGUCAUUAUCGUACUCCAUGCUCCUCCCGACCAGGAGAUCGAAACUGUUGACCAGAUCCUGAAUUUUGCCAUUAAACCUGGCUUCGUAAUCUAUUGUCUGGCGGCCAUAGUCUUCUCGACUGUCAUGAUCUACAAGGUGGCGCCUCUGUACGGCAAGAAGAACCCACUCAUUUAUAUUUCGAUAUGCUCGACGGUGGGAUCAAUAUCGGUCAUGUCGGUCAAGGCAUUCGGCAUCGCCUUGAAGCUGACAUUUGCUGGAAACAAUCAGUUUUCGCAUCCAUCGACCUAUGUGUUCAUGAUUGUGACGAUAGUCUGCAUCUUGACGCAGAUGAAUUACUUCAACAAGGCUUUGAGCCAGUUCUCGACUUCAAUCGUGAAUCCUCUGUACUAUGUCACCUUUACCACCGCCACGUUGUGCGCUUCUUUUAUCCUGUUCCGCGGGUUCAACACUACCGAUGCCGUCAACACGAUUUCGCUCCUGUGCGGAUUCUUGGUCAUUUUUGCCGGUGUUUAUCUGCUCAACCUCUCCCGAGGCGACCCGGAUGGACAUCGGAUGCUCAAUGGCAAGAUCUCUGAUGAUGAUGGUAUACCCACCGAUCCUCUCGCUGGCCUCCAUACACGGAGAAGCAUGCAAGCGCGAAGGAGCCUGGACCCGCAUCGGCGGAGUAGCAGUCUUACUUUCAGUCCCGGAGGACUGCGAAACGUGAGCGCUGAGAGCGCUGGACUGAUGCACAACUACGAUGUUGAGCACAAUGCCUUUGGGUUAUCGGAUCUGGUGGAAGCUCCUGAAGAGAUGGGAGGAGGAAGCGGAAGUCGAAGUCCUCACAGCAACGGCGAAAGAGUCACACAGGUGUACCACAAACCACACCAGAAGACAUUGAGCCAAUGACAGGAAAGGGUUGGUGGCGAUGGUGUCGCCUGGAGCUGUAUUUGUAACGAUAUCCAUGCAUUGAGGACGGUCUUAGCGAUGAACAACGGCAUUUACGGGGUUGGGAUGGGCAACAAGGCGACUUUGGUACAGCCAAGAUUGCCUCUGGGAAUGAAACAAGCAAUCCGGUCGACUGGGAGUGCCAGGAGAGGCCAUCAGUUGAAUAGUAGACAUUACAUAGGGGGCCUUCUGGCUAGAACAGUAUAUACCAGGUAUUGAUGAUGUGGUCCCAAUCACACAAACAAGGCUUUGGAGCACGUGGUCAACC